GCAAGACGACUGACAUUGGAUCCGAUGUUACGGAUACAUAUUACCGACUACAACUUGUUCCAAACCCAGUCACGGAGUGCGGGGAAGCCAUCGUGAUGCACCUGCAGGGAUCGGCAAAACAAUUCCUCCUUUUGGGUCGGCAGCCAUUACCGACGCACUUUUCCAAAGAGGGGAGAUGCCGAUGCUUGAUUUACUCUCCUCUGCAAUCUGCUGUUUUACCGUGCCGCUGAAGGUCAGUCUGACGGAGCGGCUGUUAUCGAAAAGAAGGCGAUGCCACUGUAGCAAAAAUGGAACUAGUGUGGCAGUCUUCUGGAACACCGUCAAGAAAGAGAACUGCGCAAGCUUGCCAGGGCUGUCGUACGCGCAAGAAAAGAUGCUACCAUGAUAAUAAUCCGCCGUCUUUUCUCCCGCCGACAAAAGACCAAGACUGUGAUAGUGGCGUUGGCAUCGUGCAAGAUGGCGAAGCUUCACCAUUCGACUCACACCAGGAGUCGAUAAUUGCGCCAACGUCGAGCACAAGUCCGGUGCCUGUUCACGAAUACGAUCCCGAGUCCGUCCUCGAGGACUUAUCCCCUCUGGCCCAGCCAUUGACAGGCGAUCAGCUGGAACCAUGCCCCGCUCCGUUGCGAGCCAGUCUGAGUCGUACCCAAACGACUGCAUGUCAAAGUGCACGCCGCAAAGUUAUCUGGUACAGAAGAUACAAGAGACGAACCGCUGUACCUAAGCUAUCUGAACACCAUCGGAAAUAUCUUGAAGACGUGGGUGCACUCCUUGAACUACCUAGAACAACAUCCGAGGGCCUUCUGCCGAUCUACAUCUCCCUCCUCGACGAUCUGAUCCCUGUCAUGGAUGCGGUCAGCGUCUUUCGCGAUCUGAGCAAUGGGCGAUCGUCCAUCUACCUGGUGAGGGCAAUAUGCCUCGUCAUUUGUAAAGCCCAGCAAGCCGCUCCUUUCCUCAGACUCAGCGACGGCGGCCCGCUGUUCAACCACAUGAACUUUGCUUCCAAGUUGCUUGCUGGCCUUGAUGCUGCAAUCAAGGCAAAUCUCGAACCGGAUCGAGUUACCAAGAUUCAGGUCUUGGCAUUGAUGCAUCUACACAAUGAUGGCCAGGGCGGUGUCGACCGUUCCUCGAGUUACCUAUCACAAGCCAUCAGCGAAGCGUGGUCAGUAUCUCUACACUUCACCAUUGCCGGAAACUCGGAGCAGGAACAGUGUGAUUAUCUGUGGUGGUCUCUUCGGAAUUUCGACCGAUUGAACAAGCCCAUCAUGGGAGCAGCGCCUUUUAUCAUUGACGAUACCGACAUUUCGAUUAAACGCAUCUCCCCUACCGCAGGCACAUACCGGUCUCGGCUUAUGGCAGUCUCCUUGAUUUUAGGAGACCUCAUGGCUACGGCGACCAAGGUCUACAAAGCGAGCUCCACUGCAACUGUUGACGACUGUCAAUAUUUUCCUUCAUUCGCGGAGCUUACUUCAGGCGUUGAUUUAAAUAGCUGUCACAGAGCUCAUAGAGGGUACCUCGAAAUAUGGUACCAUGUUGCUGCCAUGCUGUCCUGUCGACAUAGCGGACCGGGGACCAUUCAUUACACUCGACGACUAGCAUCAGCAGAUAGUGUUCUCGGUAUUAUCGCUCGGGGACAGCAUAAGACUCUUCCCCCACUCCCGCUGGUGCCAUACGCCAUAUCCAUGGCUACGACUGUGAUAUACCGCGCUCUGCGUGACGGUAGGCGAGACACAGACACGGCGUUUCACGACCUUGGUCUUUGUUGCAAUGCGCUUGAUUCCCUUGGUCAGCGGUGGACAAGCGCCCAAGGCGUGGCCAGACUGGCCAAGAGAUUGUGGAGAUCUUGCAUGUCGGUCACAGUUGACCAGCAGCCAAGUGACGCCAACCAGCCCGCUCAAUCAAGCGAUGGCGCCGAUUCCAGAACGACCGGCACCGCAGAAGAAACAUCACGUCAUGAAAAUGACACAGCAGCCACUUUAGAUGAGUCCCUCCUCUCAACCGCUGUCUCCCUCCAACCGAACCAUCCUUGCAUGGCAGGGCAAGCUUCGGACAGUCAUCAGAGCUAUCAGGACCAAUUUGCACAACCUUUGCUGAAUCUUGAUGGGCCUUGUUCCCAAUUUAAUGAGUUCUGCGAUGAUCUAUUUGAUUACGGAAUGUCCGAGGUUUUCCGAUACCCCGCCAGCUGGGAGUUUCUUCAUAUAACGGGUGGUCAACCUUCCUUCGAGGAGCAGUAUGGAGGAGCAUGAUCUACGAUAUCGUUACUAGAUUGAUAGCAACAGUAGAAUGAAAAUAGCUUCGAGGAGUCUCAAGGGCCAAAAGUAAUUGGCACAUCGGCCUGGGUAACAUGUGUUUCAACGCAAAGCUCCCAAAUGAAUAA